GCUUGUUUAUUAUAAAUAUUUGGAAAACGAAAACAUUGAAAAGAAAAUGAGAUAUGACAAUCAUGACAAUAUGAAGAAAAUACUUAUACUUUUCUGUUACAUUUCUUUGUCAGAGGCAGCUGCAUCAGCAAAUAACAUUGGAUUGGUAUACGGAAGACAGGAAGGAAAAACAGAAUGGUCAGAUCCUAUCUGUCUGAACUAUAAUCCUCAAUACCUCAGUGUACAGAAUCCUCUUCCUACAGAGGAAAAAUAUGCCAUUCGAGGAUUAUUCAAAGAUUUCACACCAGAUUAUGGAUGUGAUGACAGCGGCCUGUAUGAUGGUGGAAGUGCACUCAACAAAAUUGUGGCUGUUGCUAGGGGCAACUGUACUUUUGUAGAGAAAACAGACAUGGCACAGCAACACCAGGCUAAAGCUGUCAUAGUUGUAUCAAGUUCAUAUGUUUCCCCUGGAAUUAACCAGACAUCAGAUAUACAUAGAUUUACCAUACCAUCGGGAACAAUGCUCAAGUCAGACUUCAUCAAAAUACAGAAACUUGGGAAGACUGUAGAGUUGAUGAUUUAUGCUCCAGAAGUAUCAGAAAAAAUAUUUGAUCCAUGUAUGGUGGUAAUAUUUCUGCUGGCUGUUGUAUGUGUUGCUGUUGGAGGAUUCUGGUCAGGGCUUACAGUGAUGGAGAGGCAGAAAAAACAAGAAGAAAAAGAAAAAAAGAAAAGAGAGAAGAAAUAUGUACAAUCAUCAGAUCAGGGAAAAGAUGAAACUGAUGAUGAAAAAGAUGAUGAAGAACAUCUAGACAUUACUGUACCAGCUGUUAUUGUCUUCUUUGUCCUAGUCUGUGCUUUCUUAGUGCUGCUGUUCUUCUUUUAUGACUAUCUAGUAUAUGUUAUCAUUAGUUUGUUCUGUAUAGCUGGAAGUAUGGGACUGUAUUAUUGUAUACAGCCAGUCUGGAAAUAUAUUCCUAUAAGAACAAGUACACCAAAGUUACCAUGCUGUAAGAGUCAGUUAGAGGUCAAGAAUUUGAUAUUAUAUGCCUUAUGUUUAACCUUUGCCAUUGUUUGGGCUGUAGAACGACAUGAAAGCUAUGCUUGGGUAUUACAAGAUAUAUUAGGUUUGGCUUUCUGUAUCAACAUGCUUAAAACUAUCCAAGUACCCAAUUUAAAGAUCUGUUCAAUAUUACUGAUACUGUUAUUCCUGUAUGAUAUUUUCUUCGUAUUUAUCACACCUUUUUUUACUAAGAAUGGUGAAAGUAUAAUGGUUAAAGUUGCUACUGGAGGAGCAUCAAAAUCCAAUGAAAGGCUGCCUAUGGUGUUUGUAGUACCAAAGUUGAAUUAUUCUCCCUAUAGUUCCUGUUUAAAUCAGCCUUCCAUGUUAGGGUUUGGAGAUGUGAUAGUUCCAGGUUUAUUGGUUGGUUAUAACCAUGGAAUAGAUUUAAAUGUCAAAAGUAAAAAGAUUUACUACAUAGCUACAGUUAUAGCCUAUGGAAUUGGAAUGAUCAUCACGUUUGUUGCCUUGGAGUUGAUGCAGACUGGCCAACCAGCUUUAUUGUACCUGGUGCCUUGUACACUUAUAACAACUUAUGUGAUUGGCUGUAUCAGAGGAGAAUUUAAACUAUUGUGGAAUGGAAUUAAAAAAGUGAAUGUGACAGAGAACAGUGAGGGUCCUCCACCACAACCAGACAUUGUCAACUCAGGCCCUGAUACAGCAUCUGUAAAUAAUGUCAACGAAGAAAUGUCCAGCACAUCUACAAUAGACAGUGAAAACAAAAGCCUAAUCAGGAAGUGACUAUGUCGCAGAAAAUCUGAAACAAAGAAUUAUGGGAAACUAAAAAUAUUAUAACCAGUGGGUUUUGAUUUAUACAAAAACUUGAGGGAAUACAAUCCUAUUUAUUCAUGUCUUUCAUGUUUUUAAUAGAUUUGUUGUAGAUUAUGUAUGUGAUAUUUUUUAAGUAUACGCAGAAAAAUGUUCAACUAGUCUAUUCCAUUUUAAUAUAAUUUGCUGCUUUGUGUACCUUUAUUUUAGCUGCAGACAUUUCGAAUUCUGCAAAUUUAUUUUUAUAAGUAUUAUCAUCACAUUUUUAGUUUGCAUAAUUGACAAAUAUAUUAGCGAAAAUUUUAAGAUAUGAGGUUCAAAUAUACUCAAAACAAUAGAAUAGCAGAUCACAAACCAUUAGUUUCUUUGAAAUUGUUUUUUUUGAUUGUGUAUAACUUUUUGAAAAAGUCAUUGAAAUGAGUCAAAAUUUUAACAUCAAAUUUUGUUUAAAUGUAGAAUUUGUCUUCUCAAAAAGCCACAUCUGUCAAACAAAGAAACCAAAUUUGCCAAGUUUGUGACACUUAAACUAUGAAAACUCAUAAAACAAUAAACCAGUUGCCUAAAUUUUCAACAGCAAGCUGACUGCUGUCUCAUUUGCAAACUUUUUUCUAAUCCAUUUGUCAUUUUUAAACAAUAAAAUAUGUUUAAACUAAAGUAUUUGCAAUCAUACAAAAUAUUAUAUUUUUUAUACAUUUCAUCAGUAAUUUGUUUUUAUUUAUUUUGUUUAAUAAGGUGUACUAUUAUGACAUUGAUGUUGACAUCAGCUAUUGUUUAAGUUUGUGUUUUGGUUAAGGUUGUCCUAACACCUUCACUAAAAUUAAUUUGGCUCGUUUAAUUUUCAUAAAGUUUUGACAAAGUAUUUACUUUGACCCUUUGACAUAAAUAUAAAAAUUUCAAAAAAAUUGAACCAACCAAUUUAUCAGAAAAAUUAUAUUUGUUAUAUAGCAGUUUGACAAACACUAAUUUUGAUCAUUAAGAAGCUUAAUAUUCCCUUAACAACAAAACAUUAUUAAAACGUUUAGCGGAUUUUACAGAGUUAUCUCCCUGUAGUGUUAGGUACCACCUUCAAUCAAUUUAUAAAUUUCAUAAUUAAUAGAUCAAACUUCAACUAAACUAUCAAACAAAAUGUUCUUGUAAAAUACAUUUUUUCCCUAAUCCACUUAAAUUUGUAAUGCUGAAAUAACUGAGUGCACAUAAUAUAUUAUCUUAAGUUUGUUGUUAUUUAAUAUUCUAGUUUUUAUAUCAAUAAUUGUAUGUUGUGUUGUCUUUAUGUUCAUUUUAUUUAAACUUGAGAUAUGAGAUAUAUAUUUUUAAAAGUUGUAUAUUUAAGUUCUAUUUUUUGUUGCUUGACUGGUUCUUUCUGACUGUGAAAAUUUGUAUUUAAGAUUUUUAAGAUUCUUGAAUUUUACAAUAAUUUCCAGUAUUGUACUGUUUCCAUAAGGAGAUGGAUGUUGUGACAUAUAUCUGCUGAAAUCCAUACUUUUUGGUCUCUGGUGGAUGGUCAUUUUUUUUGCAGACGACUGCAUCUCAUUUUGUAUGGUAUUCAUGAUAAAUAUAUUUCAUUGAACAUUAUAAAUAAAUGUUAUUUUGUAUCAUGCAUAUUAUUUGAAUUUUUAAAAGUUUUUCAUAUGGUAAAUAAAAUAUGUAACAUUAAAAUUCAGUUUAAAAUGUCAUUUCCAGUGUCAAAUGAUAGCGCAUUGUUUGCAUAUUCCAAAAACAUAUGGUUUCUAUACAAUGUGGUUCAAAUAAGGGAGGUAAUUUGUUACUUCCUGUCUGAAAGUGUCACUUCUGGUAUUAUUUGAUAGUUUAUGUGAUACUACUUUUAAAAAUAUACUGUUUUAUAUAGGUUCAGUGGUUGUCGUUUGUUUAUCUGUUACAUAUUUGUUUUUCGUUCAUUUUUUAAAAUGAAUAAGGCCGUUAGUUUUCUCCUUUGAAUUAAUUUACAUUGUAUUAUUGGGGCCAUUGAAUAGCUGACUAUAUGUGGUAUGGGCUUUGCUCAUUGUUGAAGGCCGUACAGUGACCUAUAAUUGUUAAUGUUUGUGUCAUUUUGGUCUUUUGUGGAUAGUGGAUAGUUGUCUCAUUGACAAUCAUACCACAUCUUCUUUUUUAUUUUACCUGAAAUAAGUAUAAAAAAGCCGCUUCAGGUUUGCAUUUUCAAAGUCAUUUAUUCAUCCUGAACAUCAGGCCUGUAGCCAGGAAUUUCGUCCAAACCCCCUGACCCCCCCUGGCUAUGGGUAUAAACUUGCAUGACAUAUUUUCUACUGGACAUUAAGUAACCAGCAAUAAAUCAAUCAAAGUCAUAGUGCUUGUAACCUAAUGCACAAAAUCCUAUGGCUUUAUGAAGAUUAAACAUGAAUUUUAAGCAAAGGUCAAAAUCUAGAAUGACGAAUUCACAUAUGACUUUGACCUCUUUUUUAAGAUCAUUAACCAAGGACCUCAACUAAAAAAAAACUUGGACUUUAGUAUGUCUACUAACCCUUUCAACCUAAAUUUCCACAAAUGACAAAAAUGUGUUGUUGACAUUUUGUAGGGUUAAUGAAUUGAAGUGAGAAUAAGCCAAAAUAGGAAAAAAAAAGAAAAUAACCUUGAACUAGUUUUCUUUAAUUUUUGGACAAAGAACCUGAAAUUAAUAGGCCCUAGGUCUUGAUCACUUAAUGGUUUACCAGCUACAAAUGCAUAUCACUUUUAUCAAAUUUAAAAGGGGAAAUAUUUCUUAUCUGGAGUCUCCAGAUAGAUUUGAUCAAAACUAAAUGUAACAUCCUGAUAAUAAAAUUUUGGUUUUCUUUAACGAUUGCAAAAGAGAUCUCAUAACAAAAAAAGCUGUGUUUGGCAAGACAGCUGGUCCACAGAAAAGUGUUCGAUUAAACAGGGUAAUUUCAAAAGCAUAUAGACUUUAUGAUAUUAUAUACAAACAAACUAAGUGACAUCUUUAAAAAUAAAGCGCAAGUAAAAAAUUUGGCAGAAGAAAAAAAUUAAAUCAGAACAAAAUCAAAAAGUAUACCAUGGAAAAGUGGAAAGACUUAACUAUAUUUCUGUUAUAGAAUUACUGUAAAUCUUUUAAAUUUUGGACUGAUUGCUAUUUGUGGUAAGUAGAAAAAUAAUGUGAAUAUAAUGUGGAGAUAAACUGUCACAAAAU